CUGGGGCAGGGAUGGCAGCCGCCACCUCUCACAGACCCGCCGGCGUCUCUCUGCCCAGUGACCGACAGGCUCGGGGGCAGGUGGUAGAUUCCCACCCAGACCUCUCCUGUUGUCAGACCCCGUCUCCCACCCCACGCUGAGCCCAGCUGCACCCCUGGGAGCCCACUCGUUUGCCCCGAGCACAAGGAAUGGAUUUCUGAGGGAGCAGCUGGAACAGCAGGCCCCGGGAGUCAGCAUGCUUCGUGUCUGGGCCACCCCUUGGAUCCUGCUGAUGCUCCAGGGUGCCUGGGGCUGCUCGGACCUCGUCUGCUACACCGAUUACCUCCAGACGGUCACCUGCAUCCUGGAGACACGGACCCCCCACCCCGGCACGCUCAUCCUCACCUGGCAAGACCUGUACGGAGAGCUGGAGGACGAGGUCACCUCCUGCAGCCUCCGCCCGUCCACCCACAACGCCACGCACGCCGAGUACACGUGCCACAUGGAGGUGUUCCACUUCAUGGCCGACGACGUUUUCACCGUCAACACGACAGACCAGUCCGGCAACCACUCCCAGGAGUGUGGCAGCUUUGUCCUGGCGAAGAGCAUCAAGCCAUCUCCCCCUUUCAACGUGACCGUGACCUUCUCGGGACGUUAUAACAUCUCCUGGAGCUCCAACUACGAUUCCUACGCACUCAAGGGCAAGCUCCAGUAUGAGCUGCAGUACCGGAGGCGAGGAGAACCCCGGGCUCUGAGUCCAGGGAGAAAGCUGAUCUCGGUGGACUCGAGCAGUGUCUCCCUCCUUCCCUUGGAGUUCCAAGAAGACUCGAGCUACGAGCUGCAGGUGCGGGCAGGGCCCCAGCCCGGGUCCUCCUAUGAGGGGACCUGGAGUGAAUGGAGUGACCCAGUCAUCUUUCAGACCCAGCCGGAAGAGAGAAAAGGAGGCUGGCGCACUGACCUGCUGUAUCUCCUCCUGAUCCUCGUGCCUCCCAUCCUUGUCUUCUUAGGCCUGAAGAUCCACCUGCCUUGGAGGCUGUGGAAGAAGGUGUGGGUGCAGGUGCCCAGCCCAGAGAAGUUCUUCCAGCCCCUGUACAUGGGCCACAGCGGAGACUUCAAGAAAUGGGUGGGCUCGCCCGUCACUGCCUCCAGCCUGGAGCUGGGACCCUGGAGCCCAGGGGCGUCCUCGUCCCUGGAGGUGCACAGCUGCUGCCCACCGCAGAGUGCCACCAAGGGGCUGCAGCCCACGUCGCUGCCGGAGCUGGCAGACCUGGUGGAAGCCGACGGGGUGCCCGAGCCAGGGUCCUGGGGCCCAGCGCCCUCCAUGGCCAGCAGCUUGGGCUGUUCAGUUUACAGCCAGGAGAGGGACCGGCCGUACGGCCUGGUAUCCAUCGACACGGUCACCGUGGUGGACGCAGAGGGGACAUGUGCCUGGCCCUGUACCUGUGGGGAUGACGGCUACCCAGCUCUGAACCUGGAUGCCAAUCUGGAGCCUGGCCCCAGCGCUGAGGACCCGCUCUUGGGCACAGGUGCCACAGUCCUGUCCUGUGGCUGCGUCUCGGCCGGAGGCCCUGCCGGGCUGGGUGGCCCCCUGGGCAGCCUCCUUGACAGGCUAAAGCUGCCCCUUGAAGAUGAGGCAGGUUGGGUCCCGGGGCCGCCCUGGGGUGGCGGGCCACCCCAAGAGGUGUCUGACAGCGAGGCGGGCUCGCCCCCAGCCGGCCUGGACAUGGACACGUUUGACAGCGGCUUCGCAGGCUCUGACUGCGGCAGCCCUGUGGAGUGUGACUUUGCCAGCCCCAGGGAUGAAGGGCCCCCCCGGAGCUACCUCCGCCAGUGGGUGAUCAUGGCCCCUUCUCCUGCGGGACCCGGAUCCCAGGCCAGCUAGUGAGCCGGCUGUGCCACUGUGGGGCCCCUGAGCCUGCUGUUUACCACGUGCAGGUGGGGCUCAGGCGCACACCAGUGUGUCUGCACGUGUGAGCAGCACACGUGCUGGUGGACAUGGAGCAUGCCCAUGGUGAUGCCAUGUGCCCAAGGCCACCCGUGGGCCUGGCCUGUGAGAGCUACCGUGGCCCGAAGGUGAGCAGCGCAUGUGCCUGUGUGCACACGGCGACGGCCUCCCUCCCUUCCAGCCACAUGGGUCGCUCCGGGCCACGUGCUGAGAGGCUGGUCCAGCGCUCCCCACAGGGCCUGCUGGGACCUGGGCGCUGCCUGUGACAGACACCAAGCCCAGCCCUCCAGUUCCUGUGCCCCCAGGAGCUGCAAGAAGUCCAUGCUGUUCCUUGUCACCUUUCAGGGGGAGGGGAAAGGGAUGGAGCAAGCCCACGGUGACCCUAGGGGUGGGAAGA